CUACAUCGCUGCCUAUUUAAGAGACGAGCAUGAUCACAAGCAGUCGAAGAUUCCUCUACAGGACCUUGAGCAAUGGAGACAGCUAGAUUCAACGAAAUUUGGCUGCCUUGUACCUCGGCAAGAUAACUCAUACGACUGUGGCGUAUUCAUGUGCAUGUUCGCGGAGGCGCUGGCUUGCGGCAA